CAACGACUAGGUGUGUGUAUGUAUGUAUGUAAAAAGUGGUGUGUGUGUGUCUGAGGGUAGGCCAAACAGGAGAGCCUCUAUGUUGAUAUUACAAAUAUUGCUAGAUGUCAAGAUUUUGAAAACAAGGCGAUGGCUUACCAACAGCUGAGCAUGGGCACUCAAAACUGCACGCAAAGCAUAUUACAUUUUUGGACAGGUUUCACUUGUCAGUAUUCAUAGACGUACCAGUGAAGAACUACAAGAAAUAUAGUCUUUUUUCAUUAGUGAGGUUUAUAACCAUUCAGUAUUUAAAACACGUGAGGGCAUCAGUGAUGCGAGAGUUUCUGGUAGCUGGCCUCAUCAGGGCCGAUGACAGCUCAGCCUGCGUCUGUAAAUCGAGGGGAGGGAAAGAAGCACUUACUUCCUGUGGUUGCAGAAUCAACGAACACACAGAGGAAAGGGACGGUGCCCAUAGGCACGAACCGAGUGUGCUUUGAUGUAAAGGAGCUCGCAGCCAGCUGCUAUAAAUGCGUUUUGUUUAUAAGUGCUAUCAGUUUUAGGUCUCUCGUCUGUUUCCUCUUCACUCGGUGAGGCAGCGGCUGCUACGAGUCUGACUGGCCUCAGAUAGCGUCUGUGGUGCCGGCCAUGGCUGUGAUAUAGCCAGGGCCCAGAGGAUUUGCUUUGCAACUGGGAAAUUCAUUGUUGAUACCGAGAUCGCAUCGCAGAGGAACCUCCAGCAGCUGGUAGAGGGUAGUCGAUAUUUUAUUGCAAUUCCGGAAACCUAGCUCGUGUAGCCUACAGGCCACACCAAUCUCUACAAUCGGGUUAUUCUAGCGGGAGUUUGGAUGUUUCGUUUCAGCUGACCAAGAUAUGGCUGUUCUUAAACUCGUUGAUCAGCCUCCUCUUGUCCAGGCCAUCUUCAAUGGAGACCCUGAGGAAAUCCGCAUGCUCAUCUACAAGUCCGAGGACAUCAACGUUCUGGAUGCAGAGAAACGAACUCCACUCCAUGCUGCCGCUUUCAUUGGCGAUGCAGAGAUCACAGAACUGCUCAUCCUGUCUGGAGCACGGGUCAAUGCCAAAGACAACAUGUGGCUCACUCCUCUCCACAGGGCUGUGGCAUCCCGUAGCGAGGAGGCUGUGCGGGUCCUGAUCCGCCACUCUGCUGAUGUGAACGCCCGCGACAAAAACUGGCAGACACCGCUACAUGUUGCCGCCGCCAACAAAGCACUCCGCUGCGCUGAGGUCAUCAUCCCGCUGCUGAGCAGUGUCAAUGUGUCAGACCGCGGGGGUCGCACCGCCCUGCACCACGCCGCUCUCAACGGCCACACAGAGAUGGUCAACCUGCUACUAGCCAAAGGGGCCAACAUAAAUGCCUUUGAUAAGAAAGAUGGCCGUGCACUUCACUGGGCUGCAUACAUGGGUCACCUGGAUGUGGUGUGUCUGCUGGUGAGCCAGGGGGCUGAGGUGAGCUGUAAGGACAAGCGAGGCUACACACCGCUCCACGCCGCCGCCUCCAACGGCCAGAUCACCGUAGUCAAGCACCUGAUCAACCUGUCUGUGGAGAACGCCCCACUCCCCGUGACCCUGGAUGACACUCAGAUCGAUGAGGCGAACGCGUUCGGCAACACGCCGCUGCACGUGGCCUGCUUCAACGGGCAGGACGCGGUGGUGAGUGAGCUCAUCGACUACGGCGCCAACGUGAGCCAGCCCAACAACAAAGGCUUCACGCCGCUGCACUUUGCUGCCGCCUCAACACACGGCGCCCUCUGCCUGGAGUUCCUGGUCAACAACGGAGCCGACGUGAACGUGCAGAGUCGGGAUGGAAAGAGUCCCCUCCACAUGACUGCUGUGCAUGGACGUUUCACCCGCUCCCAGACUCUCAUCCAGAACGGUGGAGAGAUAGACUGUAUGGACAAGGAUGGAAAUACCCCUCUGCACAUCGCAGCCCGCUUUGGCCAUGAACUCCUCAUCAACACACUCAUCACCAGUGGAGCUGACUGCACCAGGCGAGGCGUGCAUGGAAUGUUCCCCCUUCACCUGGCGGCACUGAACGCCCAUGCUGAUUGUUGCCGGAAGCUUCUCUCCUCAGGGCGGAGGUAUAGCAUAAUGUGCCCCCUCAGUAAUGACUCGGUCCUGUCUGCAGGCUUCCAGAUAGACACCCCCGACAGCCUGGGGAGGACCUGUCUGCAUGCAGCGGCAGCCGGGGGUAAUGUAGAUUGUGUGAAGCUGCUCCUCAGUAGUGGUGCUGAUCACAACCGGAGAGAUAACUGUGGAAGGACCCCUCUCCACUAUGCAGCCGCCAACCGCCACUUUCAGUGCCUGGAGACUCUGGUGUCAUGUGGAACCUGCAUUAAUGCCACUGACCAGUGGGGGCGCUCUCCUCUGCACUAUGCUGCUGCCUCUGACCUUGACAGGAGACGUCGUGUUGUGCUGGAGCCAGAGAGUGAGGGGGUCCAAGCAGAGAAGGAGAAAGAGGCUGCAUUGUGCCUGGAGUUCCUGUUGCAGAGUGGCGCUACAGCCUCCCUGAAGGACAAACAGGGCUACAGUCCAGUCCACUAUGCUGCAGCCUAUGGCCACAGACACUGCCUGAAACUGCUUCUGGACCGUGAUGAGAACCAUCAGGAAGACGCAGAGGCCUCUGAAACAAAGAGUCCCCUUCACCUGGCUGCAUAUCACGGCCAUGCCCAGGCUUUAGAGGUGCUGUUGGAGCGUCAGUGUGAGGUGGACCAGAGGAACGAGCUGGGCCGGACCCCUCUGGCCCUGGCGGCCCUCAGGGGCCACACGGACUGCGCCCUCACGCUGCUCAGCCACGGGGCCUCGCCCAGGACCACCGACACGCCCCGCAGCCGCACACCCAUACACCUAGCAGUGAUGAACGGGCACACGUCCUGUGUGCGCCUCCUACUGGAGGACUCUGAUAAUGCAGACCUGGUGGAUGCGCCAGAUUCUCAGGGACAGACCCCCCUGAUGCUGGCUGUGGCGGGGGGACAUGUGGACGCGGUGUCUCUGCUGCUGGAGCGGGAGGCCAGUGUGGACAUGGCCGACAGCCAGGGCCUCACCUCCCUCCACCUGGGGUUACUGAGUGGCCAGGAGGAGUGUGUUCAGUGUCUGCUGGAGCAGGAGGCCUCCGUGCUGCUGGGCGACUCUCGGGGUCGUACGGCCCUGCACCUGGCGGCCGCGCGGGGCCACGCCUCUUGGCUGAGCGAGCUCCUCAGCAUCGCCUGUGGCGAGCCGCCCCUCCCCCAGCCCUCUGCCUUCAGAGAUCACCAUGGAUACACACCCCUGCAUUGGGCCUGCUACAACGGCCAUGAGAGCUGUGUGGAGGUGCUGCUGGAGCAGAAAGGCUUUCGGAGUUUUGAUGGGAAUAUCUUCACUCCUCUCCACUGUGCUGUGCUAAACGACCAUGAGCCGUGUGCUACCCUGCUCCUGGAGGCUCUGGGCUCAGACAUCGUCCAAUGUCAGGAUGCUAAGGGCAGAACUCCUCUCCACGCUGCAGUGUUUGCGGGACAUGUCGACUGUGUCCAGAUGCUCCUGGCCCACGAUGCCCCUGUGGACACAGUGGACCAAUCAGGACACAGCGCACUGAUGAUGGCGGCGGAGAGGGGCAGGAUUGGUGCCAUAGAGGCCCUGCUUACCAGUGCGAAAGCCAACCUGAGCCUGACUGACCAGAACGGAAACACCGCCCUCCACUUGGCCUGCAGUAAAGGAGGGGAGGACUGUGCACUGUUUAUCCUGGGGAAGCUGACGGACCCUGCCAACAUCAGUGCCACUAAUGCGGCCCUGCAGACGCCUCUCCACCUGGCUGCUCGUAGCGGUCUGAAGCAGGUGGUGCAGGAGCUCCUCUCCCGGGGGGCCAACGUGGAGGUGCUGGAUGAGAACGGUCUCACGCCUGCUCUGGCUUGCGCUCCUAGCAGGGAGGUGGCUGACUGCCUGGCUCUCAUUCUGGCUACCAUGAUGCCUUUCUGCUCCCCUUGCAGCUCCGGAGCGCCCUCCCCAGGCGCCCUCCUGAGGAUGCUGCCACUGCCCGCGAAAGCUGGCCGCCAGGGUGCGCCCCGCAGCCCGCGCAACCGCUCGGCCGGACCCUCCAGCGAGGGCACCACGGAGAACGACUCCGACUCGGAAACCUUUUGACCUCUGCCUCCCCCUGACCACCCCCCCUAAGCAAUCCAGAACCUUGAGUAGUUAUUAGGUCACUUGCCUCUCGUGUUCAUUAUAAAAAAAAAAGAAGUGUGUACAGAAUGAUCAUUUGGUUUUAAUUUGUUUUAGCGGUCUUGCAGAUGCAUGAAAGUCUGACAAGACUGGACACGGUACGGUCCUGUUUGAUAACCUCCAGGUUUUUUUUUUAAAAGAUACUAAUUGUUUUUAUUUUUUGAUUGAAACAGAGAAGUGUAGAUCACAAAGAAAUGUAGAGAAAACAAAAGAGUUAACUUACCAAAUAUUGACUUUUGUCAACACAUACCCACAUGCAGUGGAUACUGGCUGUGGUUUGGUUUGCUAUGUUUCUAGCCUGUGAAUUGUCAAAGCACAAGGCCUUGUAGAAGCACAAUCUCAACUAGAUUUUUACUCAUUGGACCAGAGCUAUCGAAAUCAUGUGUGUGUGCUAAAUUUGUACCUGUUUUUUUUCUCAGGGUAAUGAAAGCUUGUAGUUUUCACAUGGAUGAAAAAAAAGACCUAAAAAAAAGAGAACAUCCAGAUGAUGAUGAUCAAAUAUGAAGGACAACAAGCUAAUUAGCACUUAAAGGAAAAAAAAAAUGGUGCAAAUUUCAAAUGUGUGAAAACUUACUAGCUCAUGGGUAGUAGACAGCAUCUGCCUCAAGAUAUCCUUACCUGUAUCACCAUUUGUCUUCAUCAGGGACUAUUGAUUGAAAGAUGCAGUGGAAAAUAGACAGGCUCCUUUAUAAGAGUAUGUAUUAAUAAGGGCCCAAACCAGGCCUGUAUGUCAUAUGGCUCUGCUAUCCUGCCAGACUUCAGUCAAAUACUUCAACAUCAAGUAUUUUAGCACUUAAAAAAAAUAUCGACAAUGCAUUUUGUAUGAAAUGUAAGAUUUUGUAUAAACUGGCAAUACUUGUACUAUCAAGCCAAUCUGACACAGUUCCUGUUACUGUAAAGAUGCAUUUGUAUAAAUCAAGUGUCAAAAUUGCCCUGCCAAGCUCUUGAGGAGCUGGACGAGUCCCGAGUGUGUCUGGGCCUGGAGUCUGACGCGUGAGGAAGACCUGUGACGCUUCAUGAAUCCCUAUGUCACUCCACACCUCUGUCCACUGACAGUGUUAUAAAUAGCUCACAUAUAUGCAGGUUGACUUUUAUUUUUGUCUUUUUUGAGUCUGAAGUGAAGGUACUCUAAAGGACCACCUGUGCGGAGAUUCCUUAUUGUUACACAACGGUACAGCGACUGUGUGCACUUCAGCGUGAGAGGAACUGGUGUUAAAGAGCGGGAACAGGGACGUGUGAACGAGACCUCAGCUUCUUUCCCAUCAUGCUGUCCUCUCUGCUCUCCUGUUCCUGUGUGUCUGUCUCAAUUAUGGUCAUUCCUUGGUCACCAAUGUGAACGUCUUAAACUUGUCCAGUGCCUUGUUAUGUUAAUUUUGUACUUUAGUUUAUGUACUUGGAAAGUGAGAGCGAGAGAGGAAUAAAAAAAAAGAAAAGAAAAACAAUUCAGCUUUCCUUUACCUGACUGAAGUGUUGAUAAUGUAAUGUGAAGAGACCUUAGCUGGCAUGAUUUGAGAUUGGCCCACUCAGUUUGUCAAGUCAAUCAGCUGAAACUCGCCUUACUAUGUCUGCAUUGUUUUUAUGUCAAGUGAUGUGUGCCAACGGGCCCCAAGUUCAUUGAUGGCCAGCAAGCAAAGUAAUGAGCAAAAUCUACCGGGCAUGAACUAAAUAAUAUUAAUAAUGAUAAUAAUUUUGUCAAUUUGAUACCAUGAGCAAGAUUUUAAGUGCAAAGAUGGGUGGGUCAGCGCAAUACUCCCACAUACCACACAACAGCUUUAGUUCAUGUGCAACGGACUGUGCUUGUUGCCCAUCAUUGAAAUGAAGGCCCAGUGUGUGUGUGUGUGAGUGCACUGCACCUAACAAAGCUAGGCCAUUUUCUGUCUGGUGUGUAAAAAUGUUGUGUUCUCACUCUUAAACCCUAUUCUCUUGCACAGAUUGAAAUACCACUUUUCAUUUUUUUUGUAUAGCAAAAAGCACAGAAGCGGUUACAAAUUUGAUAACAAAAAUAUGAUGAAUAUGACAUGUUGAGUUUAUGAAGUGGUGUGAUGCGGACACUGAGUGUUUGGAACUAGCAGUAUUAUACCAGAGAAAGCUUUUCUUUUUGUUAGUUAUUUUGCCAUUUGUGACAAUCUUAUGUGUGUCAGAUGUUCAUGCCAGUUCCUGAUGCAGUACCAAAAUGCUGAGGGUUGUUUGUCAGCUGAGGUUUGUGUUUUAUAAGUAUAUAAUGAUAUUAAAAUUUGAUUUAACUAAA